AUGGCUGAUCAGGUGAGGGCGAGUCGUAAUGCUGAGGCUGCGAAGAGGUGUUUGGCGACCAUAGAGGAGUGUGCUCGUACCAGGGAGGGGAACCUGCUGGAGCUGGCUGUGGAGCCUGCCAGAGCCAGAUGUUCUGUAGGGGAGAUAACGGAUGCCAUGAAGGCUGUGUUUGGGGAACAUAAAGUCAGCACCAGAAUGCUGAGUGGAGCCUAUCGCAGCGAGUUUGGAGAGCAUGAGGAGAUCUCUACAGCACACAACCAGGUGGUGGAGUUUAAGGAGCAUGAGGGCAGAAACCCUCGUCUGCUGGUGGCCAAGAUGGGCCAGGACGGCCAUGACAGGGGGGGCAAAGGUCAUCGCCACGGGAUUUGCCGAGCUGGGAUUCGAAGUCGACAUCGGACCGCUUUUUCCAGGUGA